UUAUUUUUUUUAAUUUUUUUAAUGUUGUGGUCUCUCUGUGCCCCCCUACAUAAAGGUAUCUGGGCACCUGCAAUCAAAUUAACCUAAGACACUCAGUCUCCAUCUGUAGCAAAAGAUGUUGAAACCCAGAGUAUUUCACAAAUCACAGUCUCUCUUUCUUCAGAACAAGCCGUUCAUCCAUGGAAGUAGAGGCAGCAGAACUUCACUUUCCGUCUGGUCAAUAAGUCCUUCAUUCCCCAACAAACACAAAAACCUUCGAGUUGGAUCUAGUAACAAUUAUAGCAACAACAUAGAAGCCGUAAGUAGUACUAAUAGUACCAGUAGCAGUAGCAGCAGUACUAGUAAUACUAGCACCCCUGGACCGAUGACCACGACAACGAUAACCUCUACCACUACCACUGAGGUGAUGGAAGUGGUGACGGAGAAUGAAGAUGCAGCGCUCGAGAAAGAAGUAGAAGUAGUGAUCACCAAAGAAGUAGACAAGGAGAAGUUCAUCAGUGUUAAAGCAACCAUAACGGUGACGCUUACAGUUGGUGGGUUUCUGUCUCACAUGGGUUUAGCUCGAGGACUAGAUGAUUUAAAAGAUUUGCUUGGUCAAACGCUAUUCAUGGAGCUUCUUAGCGCUCACCUUGAUCCCAAAACUGGAUUAGAGAAGGAGCCAGUAACAGGGUUCGCACACCGAAGUCGCCGAGUGGAGGGUGAGAUUAUAUACGAGACAGAUUUUAAAGUUCCAUUAGACUUUGGAGAAGCGGGAGCCGUUUUAAUAGAGAAUGAGCACCACAAAGAGAUGUAUCUCAAGGAUAUUGUCCUGGAUGGGUUGCCUAAUAGCCCUGUACUCCUUAGCUGUAAUUCAUGGCUUCACUCCAAGUAUGACAAUCCAGCCAAGAGGGUCUUCUUCACUAACAAGUCAUAUUUGCCAUCUCAAACUCCAAGUGCAUUGGUGAGGCUAAGAGAAGAGGAGCUUGUGACAUUGCGCGGCAAUGGCCAAGGAGAGCGCAAGAGCUUUGAGAGAAUAUACGAUUACGAUGUUUACAAUGAUCUUGGGAAUCCUGAUUCGAGUCUAAAGCUUAUAAGAACGGUUCUUGGAGGAAGCAAAGAAUUCCCCUAUCCCAGGCGAUGUCGAACUGGGCGACCAAUGAGUGAAGUAGAAAAAUAUUCGGAGAAAAGGAGCAACAAGGUGUACGUUCCUAGAGACGAAGCCUUCUCAGAGGUGAAGCAGUUAACAUUUUCAGCAAAGACAAUGUACGCUGUCAUGCGUGCAGUAGUACCGUCCUUGGAGAAAGCCAUCAAUGACACUAAUCUUGGAUUCACAUUGUUCACGUCAAUAGACUCACUUUACAAUGAAGGCAUUAAGUUGCCUUCAAUUCCUUCAAUUAAGGAACAGGGGGUUCUCCAAGCGAUACUUCCCAGACUAGUAAAUGUUUUGGCUUCUGGAGGUGAUGUUUUGCGAUUCGUGCCCCCAGAAACAAUGAAUAGAGACAAAUUCUGCUGGUUUAGGGACGAGGAAUUCGCUAGGCAGACUCUUGCCGGUCUCAACCCAUAUAGCAUUAAGUUGGUGACGGAAUGGCCAUUGAAGAGUGAAUUGGAUCCCAACGUGUAUGGUCCCCCAGAAUCGGCAAUCACCUCGGAAAUGAUUGAGCGAGAAAUUAAAGGCUUUGCGACCAUCAAAGAGGCCGUAAGAGAAAAGAAGUUGUUCAUACUAGAUUACCAUGAUUUGUUUUUACCAUACGUGAGCAAAGUACGAGAGAUUGAAGGCACAACACUAUAUGGAUCGAGGACAUUGUUCUUCCUUACCCCAGAAGGCACCCUAAGGCCGCUGGCCAUUGAGUUGACUCGACCGCCAAUGGAUGGGAAGCCUCAGUGGAAGCAAGCCUUCCAACCCAGCUGGAAUGCUACCGGUGUCUGGCUUUGGAGGAUUGCCAAAGCUCAUGUCCUUGCUCAUGACUCUGGUUACCAUCAACUUGUUAGUCACUGGCUAAGAACGCAUUGUGCAACAGAACCAUAUAUAAUCGCAACCAAUCGUCAACUGAGUGUGUUGCACCCAAUCUACAAAUUGUUGCAUCCCCAUUUCAGAUACACUAUGGAGAUCAAUGCUCUUGCUCGUGAAUCACUAAUAAAUGCCGGUGGCAUCAUUGAAACCUCAUUCUCACCUGGAAAAUACUCCAUGGAGCUUUGCUCUAUUGCAUAUGCUAAGGAGUGGCGAUUCGACCAAGAGGCUCUUCCUGCUGACCUUAUUCUCAGGGGCAUGGCUGUUGAGGACCCAACUGCUCCCCACGGUCUGAGGCUAACAAUUCAAGAUUACCCUUUCGCCAAUGAUGGACUCCUCCUAUGGGAUGCCAUUAAACAAUGGGUCUCUGACUAUGUAAAUCACUACUACACAGACUCCACCCUUGUACAAACUGAUCAAGAGCUCAAAGCAUGGUGGACAGAGAUCAGAACAGUAGGUCACGGAGACAAGAAGGACGAACCCUGGUGGCCUGACCUGAAUACCCCUCAAGACCUCAUCAACAUCCUCACAACAAUGCUUUGGGUUACAUCCGGUCACCAUGCAGCAGUCAACUUUGGUCAGUAUGCCUAUGCAGGCUACUUCCCUAAUUGCCCAACCAUUGCAAGGACCAAUGUGCCCACGGAGGACCCUGACGAUGAGGUUUGGGAAAUGUUCAUGAGAAAACCCGAAGCUGCUCUUUUGCGGUGCUUUCCUUCGCAAAUUCAAGCCACAACAGUGAUGGCGGUUUUAGACAUUUUGUCUAGUCAUUCGCCGGACGAGGAGUACAUUGGAGAGAAGAUGGAGGACGCGUGGGCUGAAGACGAAGUUAUAAGGGCGGCGUUUGAGCGGUUUAAGGGGAGGCUGAUGAUGCUUGAACAAACCAUUGAUGAGAGAAAUGCUAAUUUUGAGCUGAAGAACAGAAAUGGAGCUGGGGUUGUGCCUUAUGAGCUUUUGAAGCCCUUUUCAGAACCUGGGGUUACCGGGAAGGGUGUUCCAUAUAGCAUCUCUAUUUGAAUACUAUCUGUAUUUUUUGUUUCAAUAACAAGACAAAUUAACUAUAUAAUAUAUA